AUCCUUCUUCACUCCUUGCCCCAACUCACAGUACUCAGUAUUCCCCUGGCUUUUCUGCUUCUUUCUUCACUCCCUCUGCCCCCAUCUCUUGUUGUCUCUCCUUCCCUCAUUAGUUUCCUACUAUUAUGGAGUUAACGGGUAUUGUCCAGUCUCUUCAACACAAGUCCAUCUUGGUCACUGGUGCUGCUGGCUUUCUAGCAAAAAUUUUUGUAGAGAAAGUGCUGAGGGUUCAGCCAAGCGUGAAGAAGCUCUAUCUUCUGUUAAGAGCUGCAGAUGCUCAGUCGGCUGCACAGAGACUGCAUAAGGAGGUGAUAGGGAAGGAUGUGUUUAGGGUUCUCAGAGAGAAAUGUGGUGCCGGCCUCGAUUCCUUCGUCGCCGAGAAGGUGACUGCCGUUGCCGGUGACAUUGCUUGCGACAACUUGGGUAUAGAUGCCUCAGAUUUGAGGGAAGAGAUGUGGAAAGAGAUCGACAUCAUCGUCAAUAUAGCUGCUACCACCAACUUUGAUGAGAGAUAUGAUGUGUCCUUGGGUGUGAAUGCCAUGGGAGCCAAGUAUGUUUUGAGCUUCGCAAAGAGAUGUGUUAAGCUACAGAUGCUUCUCCACGUAUCAACUGCUUAUGUGGCUGGAGAACAAGGAGGGCUCAUAUUGGAGAAACCGUUCAGGAUGGGUGAAACACUGAAUGGGAGACCUGGGUUAGACAUGGAACGGGAACUGAAGCUUGUAGAAGAAAAGUUGAAGGAGCUCAAGGCCUUGGAAUGUUCCAAAUCAGAUGAGACAUUUGCCAUGAAAGAAUUAGGAAUAAACAGGGCAAGACAUUAUGGUUGGCCGAACACAUACGUCUUUACAAAGUGCCUGGGAGAGAUGCUCAUCGGACAGUCUAGGGAAAAUCUACCAGUUGUUAUCAUUCGUCCAACCAUCAUAACAAGCACAUACAGAGAACCAUUCCCUGGUUGGGUUGAAGGAAUGAGAACCAUCGACAGCUUGGGUGUUGGUUACGGUAAGGGGAGAAUAACAUGCUUCCUCGGCGAUCCUGAGUCAAUUGUUGAUGUGAUCCCAGGGGACAUGGUGGUGAAUGCGAUGAUUGUGGCAAUGGUGGCUCAUGCAAAUCAACAUGGUGAGUUCAUCUACCAAGUGGGUUCAUCUGUAAGAAACCCAGCAAAAUUUACCCUUUUCCAGGAUUACGGCUAUCAAUUCUUCUCUAAGCAUCCAUGUAUCGAUAAAGAUGGAAAGCCUAUCAAAGUUGGAAAAGUUGCAGUAUUUAGCACCAUGGAUAGCUUCCACAAAUACAUGGCCGUUCGUUAUAUGCUACCUUUAAAGGCUUUGCAACUGUUGAACAUAGUAUCUUGCCAGUAUUUCCAAAACUUAUGUAGCAAUUUUAGUCGGAAGAUCAACUUCGUGAUGCGACUAGUGGAGCUCUAUAGGCCUUAUUUAUUCUUUAGAGGAGUCUUUGAUGAUUUAAAUUUAGAGAAGUUGCGAAUGGCAAUGAAGGACAAUGGAGCAGAGGAAAAUAUAUUUUGUUUCGAUCCGAAGUGUAUCAGCUGGGAUGAUUACUUCUUAAACAUUCACCUCCCAGGGCUCAUAAGAUACGUUUUCAAGUGACAUCUGCGGAGAUUGGGAAUCUAUAUUCAAUUCUUGGUGAAGGCAUUUGUUUAUCAUUAAUUUUCUACCAUCUUUGUGAUCCAAAUUAUCGGUUGGGUUCAAGACAAGGAAAAGGGAAGGGGGGGGGGUGUAAUCUUGAACCUUAUUAUGUUUUCGACCUUAGAAAAAAAAAACCCUAUUAUUAGCUUGAGGAAGAAUAUGAUGUAAAAGAAUAAUUACUGCAAAAAUUAGAAUGUGUGUCUAAACUCUCACCAGGGUUGACAGAAUCGACCCAAAUCGAUCUGUUUGCAAGCCAUGGAAGAUUGUAAGAGGGAACAUGGAUAUGUCAGUGAUCUUUGUAAGACACUCUUAUAAGUGAUAUUGAACUAUACUACAUGCACUUCAGGAAA